UCCAUCCCGGCCGCACCGAGCGGCUUAUUCCGGGCCACGCCCGGCCCAACCCCGCCCAGCGCUGCACACGCGUCGCACACGGGGACCGCGGGACCUAGGAGCGCGCACCCAGUCUCCAGCCUGCGCCCCGGAGCGCGCCGGGCACCCCGAGCCAGCGCGCUGCUUCUCGGCGCCCGCGGCCAGUGGCACAAGUUCGGGGUGCCCGGGGCUGAGCUGGCGCUUCUGGGACGGCCGUGCGGGGCGCGGAGCAGAAGAGCCCCCCGGUGCUGAGCCGCUCGGGGAGUCGAGCGCACGAGCCCCCCAGUGCCGGUGCGGGGCGCCGAGUGGGGCCGGCGCCCGCGGAAGCGAUGCAAGUCUCCAUUGCCUGCACCGAGCACAACCUCAAGAGCCGCAAUGGCGAGGACCGGCUUCUGAGCAAGCAGAGCUCCGCGGCCCCCAAUGCGGUGAGCGCCGCCCGCGCCAAGUUCCGCACGGUGGCCAUCAUCGCGCGCAGCCUGGGCACCUUCACCCCACAGCACCACAUUUCUCUCAAGGAGUCCACGGCCAAGCAGACUGGCAUGAAAUAUAGGAAUCUCGGCAAAUCGGGGCUCAGAGUUUCUUGCUUGGGUCUUGGGACAUGGGUGACAUUCGGAGGCCAGAUCUCAGAUGAGGUGGCCGAGCGGCUGAUGACCAUCGCCUACGAGAGUGGGGUCAACCUCUUUGAUACGGCAGAGGUGUACGCCGCAGGGAAGGCCGAGGUGAUCCUGGGAAGCAUCAUCAAGAAGAAAGGCUGGAGGAGGUCCAGCCUGGUCAUAACCACCAAACUGUACUGGGGUGGCAAGGCUGAGACAGAGCGAGGGCUGUCAAGAAAGCACAUCAUUGAAGGGCUGAAGGGCUCCUUGCAGAGACUGCAGCUCGAGUACGUGGACGUGGUGUUUGCCAACCGGCCAGACGGCAACACUCCAAUGGAAGAGAUCGUUCGCGCCAUGACGCAUGUCAUCAACCAGGGCAUGGCCAUGUACUGGGGCACCUCCCGUUGGAGUGGCAUGGAGAUCAUGGAAGCAUACUCAGUGGCGAGGCAGUUCAACCUGAUCCCGCCCGUGUGUGAGCAGGCCGAGUACCAUCUGUUCCAGAGGGAGAAGGUGGAGGUGCAGCUGCCUGAGCUCUACCACAAGAUAGGUGUCGGAGCCAUGACUUGGUCCCCGCUGGCUUGUGGCAUCAUCUCAGGAAAAUACAGGAACGGGGUGCCUGACAGUUCUAGGGCAUCCCUCAAGUGCUACCAGUGGCUGAAGGAGCGCAUUGUCAGUGAGGAUGGCCGGAAGCAGCAGAGCAAGCUUCAAGAGCUGGUCCCCAUCGCAGAGCGGCUGGGCUGCACUCUGCCCCAGCUGGCUGUGGCCUGGUGCCUCCGGAGUGAGGGUGUGAGCUCCGUGCUCCUGGGUGCAUCCAGCCCCGAGCAGCUCAUGGAGAACCUGGGCGCCAUCCAGGUGCUCCCCAAGAUGAGCUCACAGGUGGUGGCAGAGAUGGACAGCAUCCUGAGGAACAAGCCUUUCGGCAGGAAGGAUUACCGCUCCUAGGGGUCUGCACGCCCACACCCCACCUCUGCUUUCUUGUCACCGGGGCGCUUCUGGCCAGUCUCCUUCUGGCCCCGGGGCUCAUCCUAAGGUCUGGCGAGUUGAAGGAUCCUGAGCUUUAGCUGCUUCUCUGGCCAUGCAGUGCAGUGCAGCCCAGCCCAGAGGCACCCCAGCGGCCUGGGCCCUGAAGGGGGCGUCGCUAGCAAGCUGGAGGGCUCAACCCCUGACUGCUGCACAGCCUGGCAACACUUGUGACCCUGCAACCACACUUGGCCCUGAGGCCGUGUUUGCUGAGGCAAUGGCAGUUCAAAGGGCGGUUGGGGCUCCAGGGGUGCAGAAAGAAGGGGGUCUUGGCAGCGCAGUGAUCAUCUGCAUGCCAGCUCUGCAGGCACCCUGGUUCAGGCGCCUCAGCCUCCCACACUUCUGGUCGCUUUGGUCCACCUGAGAAUACUGUGGAAGACUGAGAAAAACGCGCUUUCUCUCUUCUUGGCUGUGUGCAGAGGGGCUGAUGGAACCUCUGAGCAAAACAGACUCAACUUUCUAAAACUGACGGAACUUUCCGGUGCAUGGCCUGCCCCACUUAGAACCUCGGGCAUUGGCGAGUGGAUGGCACCACCUGCUUCCCGGUCCCACUGCUGCAGCUUUGUUUCCGCACACACGCUAGCAGCCCCAGCCCGGUUCUGUUGGGCCCGAGUGUAUUCUCAGAGUGAGCUGAGCAGGGUAGUGCUCACUCUUUAGUGCUCCCCCACACCCACCCACCCACUGACUAGGCGGUGGAACAGCGUGUUAUGUGGCUUAACCUGCUUCAAAUAAUAAAAGCAUUUUGUGUGUUUCCUCCCUGAGA